UUUUUUGUCCACUGCGAAACUGAGAGAAAAAUAACAAAAAUGGCGUCAAAAGUUUGGAGCAAAAGAGAUAAGAUCAGAAAGUAACAGAUUUUUGGUGACACGAAUUAAAAACCAUAUUUAAAAGUGGUAAAUAGUGACUUGAAAACAACUGCGAAUGAUGAUUUAUUGCUAUAAUGGCAUGUUGCAUACAAUCGAUGGCUUCGUACGUUUUUCUAGCGCUUUUCCUGGGCCUUCACGUUUCCACAACUCUUACGUCGAGACAGGUAAACCAGUUGUCAGUGCAAGACUCGAUCCUAUUUGUGUCAACAUUGAGUGGCUCUUUCUAUGCUGUUGGCAAGAAUUCUGGAAGAAUACACUGGUCUUUGAAAGAAGAUCCUGUACUGCGAGUACCUCGGGAUAAUGUUGCUAGUGCCCCUUAUCUUCCUGAUCCUAAAGAUGGUUCUUUGUAUUGGGUGAAUCCUCGUGAUGGUAUUAUAAAACAACCUUACACUAUUCCUGAACUUGUGGCAGCAUCACCUUGCAAAAGUUCUGAAGGGAUCCUGUACACUGGGACUAAACGAGACAUCUGGCUGGCUAUAGAUCCUUUCAGUGGGACAAAAGUCCAGACACUUACCAUGGAUGGGGUACAGAAAACAUGCCCUUCAUCAAGCAAAGAUUUGCUGUACCUGGGACGCACAGAGUAUUCAAUUGUCAUGUUUGACAGCAUUACUGGAGAAAAGAGGUGGAAUGCAACUUUUCUGGACUACUCUUCACACAUUGCCCCAAAUGCCCAGGAGUAUGCUCUGAGGCACUUCACUUCUAGCUCAAGUGGUACAAUUGUCACACUGGACAGUCAGACUGGAGAAAUAAUGUGGCACCAGGAUUUUGACUCACCAAUAGUAGCCCUGUAUACCCUGAAAGGGGAUAUUCUGCAGCGCCUCCCUUUCACAAGCUUUGCCCCUGAGACACUAGAGCAUCUUACCGGCCAGCUGUCUUCUACUGCAUGGAGGAAUCGAUUUUUGGAACAUGGAACUAAAACCACUUUUUAUUCAACAUUGUAUGUUGGUGAGUUUGAGCAAGGAUCCUUUGCAUUGACUUCACUUGUGGAUGAAAGCACUGUCACCAUAGCUCCACGAGGCCAAGUGCUGAUGAUUGAAGGGCCCUUGGAGAGCCACCUGUUUCAGCUGGUAAAUCCAGCCAUCAGCAGCAUCAAGAGCAGCAGAAUAAGUCGCCUGUGGAUGCUAUGUUAUCAUGAAGUACCAGAGCAGGGCCACACCAUUAUCUCUCCAGCUCGUCAGAUCACAGACAGGUCUUCUACAUCUGGUCACACAGUGCUGCCACCACAUUCACCUGUGGUGGUCUCCCCAGACAGUGCUGAGACUUCCAGUAGCAACAACAGCAGUAGCAGCAACAGCCUCCUGACAAGGGAGGGUCUGGUGGCUUUCAUUGGUGCUGAGUACAAGUUCCUUGUGACUUUUCUCAUGUCCUUUGUCACAAUCUUUGGAAUUUUGUUCUAUUUUCCUAAGAGGACAGAGAACUCCAUGAAGAUGUUGCUGCAAAAGCAACUAGAAGAACAGCGACAGCUACGCUUGGAUCUUCCUCCAUCUACAGAGGCCAGUGGCAGUUCUUUCUUGAAGUACACUUACCACAUCCCAGCUGCUAAAGAUGUUCAUGGCCACAUGCAGAUUGGAAAAAUAACCUUCAACCCACACGAUGUUUUAGGCCAUGGCUGCGAAGGAACAUUUGUCUACAGGGGAACAUUUGAGGGACGAGCUGUGGCAGUGAAAAGGCUUUUACCAGAGUGCUUCAGUUUUGCUGACCGAGAGGUAGAGCUUCUGCGAGAGUCAGACCAGCAUCCAAAUGUCAUCCGCUAUUUCUGCAUGGAAGCUGACCAUCAGUUCCGGUACAUUGCUCUGGAACUCUGUGCAGCAACACUCGCAGACUUUGUGGAAAGAAUCGGGUACCAGGCCUUGCCAGACAUUAACACCAUCUUGUUCCAGGCUGUGAGUGGGAUUGCUCACUUACAUUCUCUUGACAUUGUACAUCGAGACAUAAAGCCCCAGAACGUGCUGCUGUCAAUGCCGGAUGCCAAAGGACAAGUCCGAGCCAUGAUUUCAGACUUUGGAUUGUGCAAAAAGCUGGCAGCUGGGCGAUUAUCUUUUUCACGUCGUUCUGGCGCAGCAGGCACAGAGGGGUGGAUUGCACCAGAAAUGCUUGAAGAAGAUGCCAGGACUACAUGUGCAGUGGACAUAUUUUCUGCAGGCUGUGUUCUAUACUAUGCAGUCACUGGAGGAAAGCAUCCUUUUGGCGAUGAGUUGAGGCGGCAGGCAAAUAUUUUAAAUGGAGAGGCAUGCAUGAAGCAUCUUCAAGGAGAUGAACACAUCCUGAUCCGGCAACUUGUAGAGUCCAUGAUUGCUUUUAAACCAGAAGAUCGGCCAUGUGCUUCCACAGUACUAAAACAUCCUUUUUUCUGGAGUCUUGAGAGGCAACUUGCUUUCUUCCAGGAUGUUAGUGACAGGAUAGAAAAGGAAACAGAAGAGAGUCCUGUAGUACAAAGCCUUGAGCAUGAUGGUCUGUUUGUUGUCAAGUUUGACUGGAAACGAAACAUCUGCCCAGCUCUACAGAAAGACCUGAGAAAAUUUCGUACCUACAAAGGGCAGUCUGUUCGAGAUUUACUGCGUGCUAUGCGAAACAAGAAACAUCACUACCGGGAGCUGCCUGAAGAAGUGAAGGCAUCACUGGGGCAUGUGCCAGAUGAGUUCGUUCAGUACUUCACCUCACGCUUUCCUCGCCUUCUCCUCCAUGUCUACAAAGCCAUGCAGUGCUGCAAAGAGGAGAAUGUGUUUCGACAGUACUACCACAUCCCCACGAUGCCUCCUAUCCACAGCCUUACCUGGCCGUCAUUUUCAGCAGACAGCACCACAGCUUUCCUUUCUGCCUCAGAUGCUGUGGCCUCAUCUCCAGUCCCUGCUGAUGGUCUCGUAACAGAGUCGACUGACAGUGGAGGAACAGCUGCAGCUGUUGAUAGAGUGGCUUGAGAUUUCUUUGCAGUGUAAGUGUGGCUGUGUGCAAUAAUUGUGUGCUCUGGCAAGACUGUUGGAAACAGUGCAGCAAUGAUUCAUGAAUGGCUGAUGGCCAAGACUCCUGCAACUAAAUGUGAUGUAGUUAGCAUUGUUGCUCAAGAUAUCUGUGCUGUUUAUCUUUGGACUUUUAUUGGGAAGACCUGUGAUGAUCAUAGGAACUAGUCACUAUCUUGUCUUUCCUUGACAAUGGAGAUAAAAUUACACUGCAGAAUCUUUGUAUGAGACAUGACAGUGCUUAAGUGUGGAGCAAGGUUUGAUCAACUAGGACAAAGAUUAUUUCAUUGUUAGACCAUUUGUACAAAUGUGAAAAAUCUCAAGAAUGCUUUGACCUUGUUUCCUGAGAAAAAGCUACACACCUCCACUUCUUCCAGACAUCACUUAUCAGUCCUUUUGUGAUGUUCAUUUAUAAUUUGUCUUGUUAAUUUAUGCUCCUCAUCCAUGAAAUCACCAAAAAGUUAAUGUUUUUCUGGCUUUGACUUUGUGAUGGUGGCCUGUUUUCUGCUUUUAUUGUGGCCUUUGUGUGGCAACAUAUCAUAAUGAUGUGCUGUCUGUUGCUGUUUUUAAACACUUACAGGUGUAAGAGAGAUCUGAAAUGAAUCUUGUGGUUGUGAGUGAAGCAUGUAUUCAACAGACAGUGAUCUAUCACUGAAUAGUCUGUGUAUAUAAAUGAAUAACUAUGUGUGUAUGAGGAGAGAUUUUAUUCUGGUUUAUAUAUACACAUCACACAUCUCUUUAAAAAGCAUCUGAUGUCAAUUUUCCAUUAUUUGUAUCACUUCCUUUCAACUUUUUGGUUGUUCAGCAUUGUUAAGAUGAUGUCAUAGUUUACCAGACAGGGAUUGUCAGUCUUGCCAAAAACAAUGGCAGUCCUUUUGUUAUUCUUUAUUAUGUUGUCUUACUGUGCACAUAGGUUAUGAUACUAGAUUACUUUUAAAAAAUUUGCAUUUUUCCUUUUUCAGACAUAUGUUUUUAUUUGUACAGAAUAUUUAUCUGGUGUUGUUGCAUUUGAUUUUAAGGCUUUGUCUUUUUCCCAUGGUGACCAUACACCGAGUAUAAAGUGGGAGGCAGCAGGUAUAGAGAAGGUGAAAGAAAAUAGAAUAGAAAAUUCAUAAAGAGCCUCUGAGUAGUACUGCUUAUCUUUCCUUUGUGUAAAGAAUGGCUGAUCACUGGCUUAAACACCCUUUUCAUGUGAGCAUUUCAUGGAUGGAUGAUGUGAUUCAAGCAUUCUUCCACUAGGAGAGCUGAAACAUGAUUUGAUUUUGCUUGUUAUUUCUUAAGGAAAAAUUGUUCCUCCAUUUACUUGUUAACUUUUCAGUGGAUGUGGUAGACAAAGGAAUGAAGACAAUUCAGGUUCACAGGGUGAUGUUUAUCCUUUAAAUGAAAGACUUAAGAAAAAACAUUACUUCAAAAUGCUCACUACUUUAUGCCCCAUCCAAGUGUAUGACUUCGGCUUUGUGAAGGGCUGUUUGGGGUGGCAUCAGUUAUGAACAUUUGUUAGCACAUCCAGGUUUUUUUUUCUUUUAAAUGUGUGACUUGCUUUUGCUAGGUCUGUAAUAGCUUUACUUAGUAUGUGUUAAGAAACCAGGCAUACUUUGUUACUACUUUUUUUUUUUAAACUUGAGAUGGCUGUUGUUGAUGCAUUGAGUUAAAAAUAAAUAAAAACAAGAGGUGAGGGAGAUGUAAACAAUACUCUCAGGAUGUAGGAGCAAUUCAUUAUGGCCAAAAAGAAGUUAGAAACAAAACGUGUACUUUUAAGAAUCACUCAGAAAAUCAGGAACAUAACUAAAGGCCAAAUUCUGCAUUAAAGAAUUGUAAAAGCUUCAUCAAAAUUUAUCAUUAUUAAGCAGUCUAUCAAAUGGCAAUCCUCCCUUUAUGUAACCUUUGAGGAUUGUGAGAAGGCCUUCAAUAAUGUAGACAGGGACAUGCACCGUAAGCUCCUCGAAGAAUAACAAGGAAUAAAUUAAAACUAAAAGCUUCAUGGUAUCACAGUUUUGGAUUUUAGAGUUUGUUUGUACUUUUUUUUUCAGAAUCAUGCAUAAAAUGAUGUGGAUAAAAUAUACAUCUGUUCACACAUUUUAACACAAUAUGGAUGCUCAGUGGUUCUGCCUGUUGGAAGCUGUAUGCUUUAGAAGCAGAAAAGAGGUGGAUGCUAUCCUUGAGUGGCUUGUGUUUAAUGUGUUAGGUUUUUGCAAGAGAAGUGCAGCAUCUUUAAAGUCUUGUGUAAUAUUUUGAAGACUACAAAGUAGAAUUCUUUAUUUGCACACCUUACUGGACAUACUUCUCAAUAUUGAUUAAAAAAUGAACUACCCAUGAUAAAUUAGCUGUUAAAGUCUUAUGAAUUUGUGUACUUAACACAAAUUACCACUGAAAAUACAUUCCUCAGGAAUCCCAAGUGCUAUGCAUUCUGACAUACCUGUGGUGUUGGCACCUUCAUGAGCAUUCCAUGAAUGUUUGUAUUCUUAAUAGAAUGAAACACUGUGCUUUUAUGAUGCAGAACAUGAUUUGUGUUGAAGCUAAAAACUAUGUAUAAUAAAAUAUAUUUUUCUUCAAUAA